AUGAUUGUGGUCUCAUCCGAAGUGCCAACAUCAGACGUGCAGGGCGUGCUGGGCAAGAAGGCGUCACUUCCGUGUGACAUCCAGCCGUUGCACGCCGACGAUGCGGUCGUAAUGGUGCUGUGGUUCAAGGAGUCCGAUGGGGAACCGCUUUAUAGUUACGACAUCCGGGGCCGGUCGUACAACCAGCCCAAGCUGUGGUCGUCACCCACCGUGUUCGGGAACAGAGCGUUCUUCCGCGGUGGUGCGACCCCCGCUGUUCUCAUGAUAGACAACGUCGCGGCUGUCGACGCCGGCGUGUAUAGGUGUAGGGUCGACUUCAAGAACUCGCCGACGCGCAAUCUGAAAGUGAACUUUAGCGUCAUAAUACCGCCGAGCCGUCCGACGAUUUACGACGCGAAAAGGAGGGACAGGGCGAAGCUCGUGGAACCAUACAACGAGGGAUCCAACGUGCUGCUCAUUUGCGAGGUGGAAGGAGGCGCACCACGACCUCGGGUCACGUGGUAUCUCGAAAACGUCGUGAUCGACGACUCGUACGAGCAGCGACCAGACGGCGUGACGGUGAACACUCUAACGUUCCCCAACGUCGGACGGCAGCACCUGAAUGCUCGGCUCGUCUGCCAGGCCUCGAACACCAAUCUGGCACCGCCGGAAACCAAAGUCCUCAUACUGGACAUAAAUCUUAAACCGAUAACAGUGACAAUAUUGACAAAGGAGAAGCAAGUGUCCGCCGACAAAAGAUACGAAGUGGAGUGCAAGACGACGGGCUCGCGGCCCGAGGCGUCCGUCACUUGGUGGAAGAAUAAUAGACAACUCAAGCGAAUGGCGAAAAAUUUCUCGGAAAACAACGAAACACUCAGCGUACUAAGUCUUGUACCUAGCGUGGAAGACGAUGGCAAAUAUUUGACGUGCCGCGCUGAGAACAAACACAUACCCGAUUCAGCCAUCGAGGAUAAGUGGAGAUUGAACGUGCACUAUGUUCCUAUCGUUGAUCUCAAGAUGGGAUCCAAUUUGAACCCUAACGAGAUAAAGGAGGGGGACGACGUUUACUUCGAGUGUACGGUGAAAGCGAACCCGAGGACCCAUCGAUUGGUCUGGUUUCAUGACAACACGGAGAUCUUCCACAACGAGGCUUCCGGAGUAAUACUGAGCGCUCAGAGUCUCGUGCUGCAAAGCGUCACCAGAACAGCGGCUGGCGACUACACCUGCAUGGCAGCUAACAGCGAGGGCAAAGGCACCAGCAAUCCGGUUACACUCCAAGUCAGAUACGCCCCAGUGUGCGCGGAGAGGAAAGAUAACGAGCUGUACGGAGCCCUCAAACACGAGACGGUUUCGCUGCACUGCGUGGUGGACGCGAACCCAGCGCUGGUUUCCUUCCAUUGGACUUUCAACAACUCUGGCGAGCAAGCAGAACUCCCACCAAGAUUGUAUAACAACCACGGUAACACGUCAACGCUGAACUACACACCUACAUCGGAUAUGGAAUACGGCACGUUAGCUUGCUUCGGCGAAAACUCUAUUGGGCAGCAGAAGGUGCCGUGCCUCUUUCAACUAGUCGUCGCUGGCCGCCCGUUCCAACUCCAGAACUGCUCAGUGGCAAAUCAAAGCUUGGACUCUUUGUACGUGGAGUGCGUGGAGAACUUUGACGGUGGUCUGCCGCAAACCUUCCUAAUGGAGCUGCACGAAUUACCGUCAUUAACGGUCCGCUACAACGUUUCCACGAAUCGCACGCCCCCCUAUUUCGAGGUGCGAGGUCUGCCGCCCGGCGUGACUUACAGGAUCGACCUGUAUGCGGUGAACGCGAAGGGACGAAGCGACGUCACCACUAUUGAGACCGUCACCCUCAGGGGUCAAGCCAAAUAUACCGGCGAGAGCAACACGUUGGGAAUGUCGCCCGUGCUGGCGUCUAUAGCGGCUAUGUCUGCUCUCCUAGCGACGGCAGUCUGCGGGGUGCUGGCUGUGCUGUAUCGCAGACACGCCACGCGCCAUCGCCGCCUGCCAGCGAAACACGCGCCCUUGAGUGAGGCGAUGUAUGCAGAGCGUGCUGGUCACUGUCCAACCCCUGUGAAGCAAGAGGUCGCGCCGCGGUCAAGCCCGAGCGAGGCCAGGGGACCCCUCUUGAGGUCCCCUGACUCCCGCGAGGCAGAUGAUGCCGAUCCCGACAUAAUACCAAGUCUAUAUGAACGGAGGCCAGUGUCCAAUGGCUACAUGAGUCUGCAACGGCCACCGUCCGCCACCAAAAUCAGCAAGCCCGGCGAAGACGUGCGCACGGAACCGGAAGGUGGCGGGUUCUAUUCCGAGUUACGCAAAAAGGAUUACAAGAUACCUCUAACUAGUUCUUACCAUAGUCUAGGGCGGACGAACAAGGGAGUGGCUGCCGGCAGUCCCGGCGCUACCACUGCUGUGACGUCAUCGCUCACCAGCCACCGUCUGCGACCAGAGGUGGUAACCACAUCCCACCGCGUGCAAGAGAGCUGUAUA